AUGCUCCCGAAGCACACGUACACAACCGAGCCGGGAUUCUUCGAGUCGAGCCACGCGAGGCAGUCGUUCUCGUCGAUGUCCGACUUUUCCCCCCUCCACGACUUCCCUUUAUCCCCUUCGUCAUUGCAUAGUAGGAGUAGCGGGCCCACGUGCCACAAGCUGUUGACGACGACCUCGAAGCUCUCCCUAUCCGUCUCCCUCAUCCUCUCCUUAAUCCUCGAGAACAAACUGUUCUCGUCUUCUGACGGAACCUGGCUCCGAACGAACGUUAGCUCGUGGGGAAGGCCAGGAAGGACAAAAGUGUCCGAGUCGGAAGAUAGGCUUUUGUGUGGCUCGUGGCCGCGCAUGUGCUCGGAGGCGCAAAGGGCAAAGCAGCCCCAGCAUUGGAAAAUGAGCCGCGGGAUGCCGAGCGUGUUGGUGGGGCCCACCGUCCAGGGGAGGAAUACGCCCGAGACGAGGCAGUUGGCGUUGAGGUCGAGGAGGAGGCACUCGAGCGGGUCCCGCAGGAGGGCCGUGGCCUCGAAGAACUUGGCCAAGAGUUCGGGGCUCAAGACCUGGUCGAGACUGAAGAUGUUUUUCGGGAGGAGGGAGUUUUCAGGCGGGAAAUCGAGGGUCUUACGGCCGAUGUCGUGGCCGGAGGAGCGGGCAGGCUCGACGGUCGGGGCAAAAGGAGGGGUGAUGAUGAUGGUAGCUCUUAGUCCACGGGAAGUGAAGAGCUUGGCCAAGUCAAGGGUGGGGAUUAUUCUGCCGUAUGACAUGGCUGGGAAAAGGACAAUAUGCAGUUGUGCCAUUCUUCUU